GCUUGUACAGGGGUUUGUAGACCAUUUUAGCUGCCGAUGACAUCGAAUGACCUGAGGGGCAAAGUCUGAGUUUUCGUCGAGAAGACAGUCGUUUGCAGUCGAUACAUUUCUCAGUAUUUGAGAAAUAGUUCUUUUCAACGUCUCGCUGGAAUAUAUCUGGCCUUUUAUUUGGAAACAAAGAUGGGUGCAGAUAAACGGGUUAGCCGCACAGAGCGCAGUGGCAGGUAUGGCUCGGAGCAAUCUCGAGACGACAGUCGCAGAGACCGCCGAGAUCGUGAUGACCGCGGAUAUGAUUCGCAUCGCUGGAGUGAUGAUCGCCGUAGCGAGCGCUAUGACAGUGAAAGAGACAGAAGUGAUCGAUACUGGAGUAGAGACAGUCCUGAGCGAGGAAGGAAGCGUCGUAGCAGUGAUGGUUCUGAUGAUGGACAUCACUCAGAUGGUGAUUACUCUGAGCAUGAUUACAGAGGAGAUCCAGCUGAUGAAAAGGAGAGCAAGACCAUCAUGCUCCGAGGUUUGCCCAUGAACACAGCAGAGGGAGAUAUUCGAGCUGCAAUUGACCAGCUGGAGGGGCCAAAGCCAAUGGAUGUGCGGCUGAUGAAAAAGAGAACAGGUAUAAGCCGAGGUUUCGCCUUCGUGGAGUUUUAUCACUUGCAAGAUGCUACCCGAUGGAUGGAGACCAAUCAGAAAAUGCUGACGAUUCAGGGCAGAACUGUUGCCAUGCACUACAGCAACAACCGUCACAAGUUUGAGGACUGGCUGUGCAACUCGUGUGGCCUGUACAAUUUCCGGAGGAGGCUGAAGUGCUUCAGGUGUGGCGCAGCUAAAGCGGAUUCUGAGUCUAGCAGCACCACAGGUGGCACAGAGACUCAACCCAGCGGAGAUUACUAUGGCGACACCAUUAUUUUGAGGAAUAUCGCUCCUCACUCCACCGUUGAAGCCAUCCUGGCUGCACUCGCCCCUUAUGCCAACCUCUCACCCGGCAACAUCCGCCUCAUUAAAGACAAACAGACCGGACAAAACAGAGGGUUUGCAUUCGUCCAGCUGGCCUCACCUUUGGAAGCGUCACAGCUCUUAACUAUCCUACAAGGUUUACAGCCCCCUCUCAAACUUGAUGGAAAGACCAUUGGUGUUGACUACGCCAAGAGCGCUCGCAAGGAUUUGUUAUUGCCAGAUGGAAACCGCAUCAGUGCCUUUUCGGUUGCCAGCACGGCUAUCGCAGCUGCCCAGUGGUCCUCUAGUCAGCCUCAGCAGAGUGUGGAGCCUACAUCAGAAUACAGCUAUCUACAAGAGGGAUAUAUGCCCUAUUCACAGGAAUACCAAUACUAUCAACAGCCUGGAGCCGUGGACCCUUCCCAGGCGAACGGCAUACUUGGAGGUAACGUUUCAAGAAGGGUAAAUUCAGCUGCUCCAGGAGUGAAGAUUCUGCCCACUGCUACAGGAGUGGUAAUUUCUCAGGGUGCACAGGUCUAUCAGCCACAUAUCAUCAGCCAGCCAGCCACUCAGGCAUGUACGUUACAAGCUGUGCAGAUUGAAGGCAAAGCCCAGCCUAUUAUAGCUGCUGGCAUAAUUUCCGUCCUGACAACCUCCGCAGUUGCAACAACAGCCACGGCAACCACCACAGUAAUGGCUACCUCUCAGGAAAACCAAGCCAAUGCUCCAGACACGUCAUCUUACCAGUACGAUGAAUCUUCUGGGUACUAUUAUGACCCAAGUACCGGACUGUACUAUGACCCAAACACACACUACUACUACAACUCUCAGACGCAGCAGUAUCUUUACUGGGAUGGAGAGAAGCAGGCUUAUGUGCCUGCGGCUGACACCAGCAGCUCAGCUGCCUCUACAUCUACUCAGAAAGACGGCAAAGAGAAGAAAGAGAAACCCAAGAGCAAAACUGCUCAGCAGAUUGCAAAAGACAUGGAGCGCUGGGCCAAGAGUCUGAACAAACAGAAGGAGAACUUCAAGAGCAGCUUCCAACCCAUCAGUCAGGAGGAGAGGAGAGAGGCAGCGGCAGCUGAUGCAGGCUUCACGCUAUUUGAGAAGAAGACAGGGGCACUGGAGAGACUUGUAAUAGAGGCAUCUAAAGCUACAGAAGAAGAAAGCUCUUUAUCAAAGGUUGGGUUGGUGGCAGCAUACAGCGGUGACAGUGAGCCAGAGGAGUCUGUAGAGGGUGAUGACAGGGAGGACAAGUUGACCGACUGGAAGAAGAUUGCGUGUCUACUAUGCAGGAGACAGUUUCCUAAUAAAGAAGCUCUGAUUCGCCAUCAACAGCUCUCAGAUCUGCACAAGCAAAACUUGGAGGUCCUUCGAAGAUCCAAACUGAGCGAAGCUGAACUGGAGGAGUUGGAGAGGAAAGAGACUGAGAUGAAGUACAGAGAUCGAGCAGCUGAGAGAAGAGAGAAAUACGGGAUCCCUGAACCCCCAGCACCUAAGAAAAGGAAAUUUGCCCAGCCAACACCAGUAGUAAAUUACGAACAGCCCACAAAAGACGGACUGAACAGUGAUAACAUUGGCAAUAAGAUGCUUCAGGCAAUGGGCUGGAAAGAAGGGAAGGGGCUGGGCAGAAACCAGCAGGGCAUCACAGCACCUAUCGAGGCCCAGUUAAGAAUGAAAGGAGCCGGUUUGGGCACUAAAGGGAGCAGUUAUAACCUCUCCGCUUCAGAUACGUACAAGGACGCCGUAAGGAAAGCCAUGUUUGCGCGCUUCACAGAGAUUGAGUAAAUAAUUCCGUCAUGUCUGGAUGUUGUGACAUCUGUGCUUUGAGGAAUGUCAUAUUUAUUUUGAAUUACAAACUCUGUUGGUGAAGGUGAGAAAUAUGAUUGUAGAACAAUGUGUACAUGUGUACAAAGCCCUUAAAGAAAUGUGAAGAAUGUGCUUUUGAUUACGAUUCUAAUUUACUUUUUCCAAAAUAGUUUGAAUUGAACUGUAAAGUUUGUAUAAUAUAAAGCUCAUUUUUGUACAUAUGAAAAUAAAUGAGAUGACAACUUCAA